AAAUACAGCAAAAACAUGAAAUUACAAGAAUACACAGAUUAUUGGAAAACACAAACGACUGUGGAAGUUUCCGUGACCGCCGGUGAAUCUCAGCCGGAUCCUCUUCUUCUUCCUCCGCAGGCUCGCGACGGCCAAAACCCCAAAGCGAACCUGGGGAGACAAUUCAAGCCUCUUGAGCUUCGGGGAGACCUCAUAGCAUUCGCGUCGCCGAUUACAUUCCUGAAGAGUUCCGAUGAAGCCGCUGCUUCUGCUGCUCCUGUCGGUUCUCGCUUCUAUUCCGGCUCUUGCGUCUCCGGCGACCCCCGAUUCCGAGCCCGGCGGCUUCGCCGAGUGGAAGCUCGUCACCAAGCAGAACUUCUCUUCUCAGAUCAGGCACCACCCACACAGUCUCCUCCUCGUCACUCUUCCAUCUUUUCACAUGUAGGGUCUGGUGAGUCUCGAUCACUCAUGAAAGAGAUUGCUCAUUCGUUGCAUAAAAGGAAAGAAGAAUUUGGCUCCUUGAGGCUGAUGUUUAUGUACAAAAACGUGGAAAAGAUGCUGGCGGAUGCUAUAGGUGCUUCCCAGGAAACAGCCAUUAUGUAUUAUCACCAUUCCACAUCUUACAAGUAUCGUGGAAGACUUCGGGCACAGAAUAUAUUGUCGUCACUUCAUCCUUAUCUGACAGUUCCUCCUGAAAAUCUUCCCCUCGAACUUAUCAAUUUUGAACAAGACUUGAAAAGCUUCCUUGAAUCGACGGACAGAGCUUUACUUCUUCUGGAAUUUUGUGGAUGGGCUCCAGAAUUGCUGAGUAGGGGGAGGAAGAAUGGUACUGAACACAGUUUUGGUUCACAGGGGGAUAUUGUUCAAGUCCAUGACAAGAUGGACAGAAUGUCAACAUUUAUUGGAAACAAGAAGCAGAAGAGUUUGGAAAAUGGCGUCGCACAAUGUGGAAUCCAAAAUGGAUUCUAUGGGAUCACUUCUUUUGGGGAAUUAAGCUCGGUCAAUGAUAGUUCUACCGUGGACAGCACUGAGGACGAGAGACACGGGGCAGGAGUCUCAUGUAAUUUCAGAGAGUUUCAACAAUUUGAAUCUUUCUUCUCAAAGUUCAUGACAGCUGCAAGAGAGUUUUUACUGCCACCUGAGAGACAUAGAUUUGGCCUGAUUACAAAUAGAUCAUUACUUUUGUCAUUGGAGGUUGGAGAAAUUGAUUCAUGGUCAGCAAUGAUACAUUAUGCUGGAUGUCCCAGUUGCUCAAAGUAUCUCGAGAAAGAGGAAGACUUCGAGAGGUUUCUGCAGAUGGAAGAUCCAGCAGUUGCUGAAUUGGAAGAUAAUGAGCGUAACAUAGAGCCCGCUUUACCAGCAAAUAGGCCAUCGAUACUUCUUUUUGUGGAUAGGUCAUCGGACUCAUCAGAAACAAGAAUUAAGAGUAAGGAAGCUCUCGAUGCUUUUAGAGAACUGGCACUGCGAUACCAUAUCCCCGCUCACAUGAGUGAAGAGAAUAAGGAAGAGCUGGGAAAAUUUUCAGCCCAUUCACAUUUGUCGUCAAGAAGCAUGCAUAGGCACCCUAAAGCAUCGGGAAGUACAUCACAUCCUAAGUUGAAACUAUACCAAUCAGCUCAGAGUGUAAAAUUAGGGGAUAGGGUGUCUUUCAUGUUAGUGAAUGAGGAAAAGCAUGUAACUUUGGAUAAGAUUGCUACUGAUGUGCAAGUAAGUUCUUUGCAUGAGGUUUUGGAAAAUCUUCUUCAGAAAAACAAGGCAGCCAAGUUGAGCUCACUCGCCAAGAAGGCAGGCUUCCAACUUCUGUCUGAUGAUUUUGAGAUUAAAAUAGCAAAUCCAUUGUUGUCUCAGACAGAAAUUCAGCCUAACCAGGCUUCAGUUGAAAUUUCCAAGGAAGACCUUGUAAGUCAGAUUGAUCGGGACCAGGAGAAAGUAAUGGAUAUUAUGAGCACCUCAGCUGCAGGACUCGGGGAAAAUAUAAAUCCCACUGGUUCAGAACCUUUGCACGACGAUGAAGAGAAGAGAGACACUGCUAGUUUGAACGAUGAUUUAACAUCUGCUGAAAGUGAGCAACCUUUUACCAAUACUGAACUUGAUAAUCUUGAAGAUAUCAGAGUGGAUAAAAUACAUCUAUCGAAGGUAGAUGAAUCAAGGGAACAGCUGCAGCCACGAGGCUUAGAAGGUUCAUUUUUCUUUUUGGAUGGUAAUUUCCGGCUGCUGAAGGCCUUGACUGGAGGGUUGAAGGUUCCAUCCUUGGUAAUAAUUGAUCCAAUUUUGCAAUGCCACUAUCUGUUCUCAGAUCAGACGAAUUUUAGCUACACUCCACUGGCUAUCUUCCUGAAUGGGUAUUUGAAUGGAAGUCUUCUCCCGUAUCAGCAAUCUGAGUCUUUGAUACUGAUGCCUCGGGAGGCUGCUCAACCCCCAUUCGUAAAUUUGGAUUUUCAUGAGGCUGAUUUUAUACCACGGAUAGCGGCUAAAACUUUUUAUGAGCUGGUUUUUGGUUUUAAUCACUCUGAGAUUGGUAAUGUUGCACCUGCUAGGCGGAAGGAUAUGUUGGUCCUGUUUAGCAAUGGCUGGUGUGGAUUUUGCCAGAGAAUGGAAAUAGUUGUUCGCGAAGUACAUCGAGCUUUGAGGGGCUAUAUGAACAUGCUAUCUUGUGGGUUUCAAAAUGCUCAAGCACAGUUCAGCAGUGGAAGUGCUUCAUAUGUGGAAGACAACACGGAGGAUAUGGCUCAAAAGCUUCCUCUUGUUUACUUGAUGGAUUGCACAAUGAAUGAUUGCAGUCUGAUUUUCAAAGCAAUGAACCAGAGAGAACUUUACCCGGCUUUGGUGUUGUUUCCAGCAGAAAAUAAAACUUCUGUGUCUUAUGAUGGGGAUAUGGCAGUUGCAUCUAUUGUCGAGUUCUUAGCUGACCAUGGAAGUCAUUCUCAUAAUCUCAUCGAGGAGAAGGGAAUCCUGUGGACACCACCGGCAAAACAUGACAUGGGUCAAAAGUCUUUCAGCACAACAUCUAAUGUGGCUCACGAGGAAAGUCUCACAGGAAAGGAUCAGUUACAAGACUUUUUGCUGCAAAAUAAGGCAACCGACAGAACAGUCAAGUACAGUUGGACGGAAUUGCCUAAAUCAAAUGACCCUGAUGGAGCAGCUUCCCGUGUGGUAGUGGGUUCCAUCCUUGUUGCUACUGAGAAACUUCUUGGCAUGCACCCAUUUGAUAACUCCCUGAUUCUUAUUGUGAAAGCUAAUCAAAUCACUGGGUUUCAAGGUCUGAUUAUUAACAAGCCUAUUAGCUGGGAUUUUCUGCACGAACUGGAAGAAUGGUCUGAAUUUCUUAAGGAGGCGCCUCUGUCACUUGGUGGGCCACUUGUGAACCGUGGAUUGCCUUUAGUCAGUUUCACUCGAGUCGAUAAGAACCAGUACCUGGAAAUCCUACCUGGGAUGCGCUUCAUCGACCAGUUGGAGACGGUUAGAGAGAUCAAUGAACUCAGGGCGGGAAAUGGAUCUGUAACUGAUUACUGGUUUUUCUUGGGGUAUGCAAGCUGGGGUUGGGACCAACUAUUCGAUGAGAUUGAUAAAGGCGCUUGGAACAUCAAGGAGGAUGCAAUGAAGGAAUUUACUUGGCCAAGACCAUGAUCAUUCACUUUGUACGAUCUGGCUAGAAAUCCUUCGAGUCAGAAUAACUUUGAAAAGCCUGUUAUAUGAAUUUCGAAAGAGCGUCUAAAAGAAGGAUGCGUCUUGUCCUAGUUGUAUUUCAUCAGAAGUCCUCAGAGAGUUGAGGUUGGAUUAAGGUUACCCCUUUCAGAGAUUGUCGGUUUAAAUGUACAUAUAGCA